GCGCCGGUGCCGGCGUCGACGGCCGAUGCCGACAGUGCUUUUGAGACACAAAGGGCGAAGCUUGAGGCCGACCACCAAGAGAAGCUACAGCGGCUUGAAAAAGAGCACCAGGAAAUCCUCCGGCAGAUCGAGUCAGACUUUGAACGCCGGCGUGAUGAGAAAACUCAGCAGCUGGCCUUGGAAAUGGAGAGGAGGAGCCGUGUGGAUGCUGAGCGGCAG